GGGCAGACUCAGGCCAUCUCUUAAGGAGUUGGGCAGUGAGAAGAGCCUUUCGGAGAUCUUACAGCCCAGAUACUCUGCAGCCUCAGCCUGCUGAACAGCAGGUGCAGGACACGGACUAAAGAGUGAAAUGGAAAAAUAAUAAAAACACCCAAGGACUUGAGGGUUAACCAGUCAAGCAUAUCCCUGGCCAUGCCAUUGGUUGUUGGAGACAUAAAUAAGGACAUGAAGCAAGAAUAAGACCUUCAUCUCCCAUCUGCUACUCAAGGACAGGGGAAAACCUUUCCAAGAUUCUGUUUGGAGGAGCUCCUCUUCGAGACAUCCAGAAGCGUUUGUCUUUGGAAAGAUGGCACCAGCCAAGACAGAGUUCCGAUCCCUGCUGCUGCUCCUGCUGCUGGGCCUGUGGGUGGCCGAGUACCCAGUCACUGCCAAGCCCAAGGACAUGACCUCCGCUCAGUGGUUUGAAACUCAGCACGUGCAGCCCACCCCUCAACCAUGCAACUCAGCGAUGAGCCGCAUCAACCAGUACACAAAACAAUGCAAAAACCUCAACACCUUCCUGCACGAGUCCUUCACCAGCGUGAUCCCUACCUGUGACACCCCCAAUGUAGCCUGCAAGAAUGGUCGUAACAACUGCCACCAGAGCCCGGGGCCCGUGUCCAUGACCAAUUGUCAGCAUGUGUCAGGGUCGUAUCCAGAUUGCAAGUACAAGCAAACAGAAAAAUAUGCAUCCUUCAUUGUGGCCUGUGACCCUCCACAAACAAAAGACGACUCAUCAUAUCCACUGCUCCCUGUGCACUUUGAUAAAGUUGUGUAAGGCUCGCUCUCCCCAGGCCCCGCAAGCUCUGCGGACGCUUUCUGCUGCUGCUACAUUUCCUUUCCUCUCUUGAAUCCCUUACUAAGCCUUACCCCCUUUGCAAAUACCAUUUCCCGCCCACAAACCCAACCUCACAUGCUCUUGAUUCCUUAGGGGGUUUAUGGGUAUCCAAAUGAUGAGAGAGAAGGAUCCUUCUCUUUAGCCCUCUUGUUGCUUCCUUUGCUUUCUCGGUGUGUGGUACUGCGUGACCCUUCCAGAGUCAAGCACACAGGAUCUCAGAAGGAUGGAUCCAGGUUUUGUGAGGCCUCUGACUUAUAUAACUCUGGAGACCCUCUUAAAGAAAAAGAACGUAGAAUUGCAAGUGCAAAAAUAAGUCAGGGCAGUGAUUAGAUAGCUCAAAGAAGGGCAGGAGAAUCUUGUGCUGGGCAAAGGAAUGUAUCUGGUUUCGCUGAAAUAAAAGACUCUACUAUUGCUGA